CCCCCCCACCCCACCCCCCACCCCCGUCCGGCGCGGGGAGGGGGAUGCGGACGGGGGAAGAUGGCGGCGUCGAACAACCCGCGGAAAUUCAGCGAGAAGAUCGCCCUCCACAACCAGAAGCAGGCCGAGGAGACGGCGGCCUUCGAGGAGGUCAUGAAGGACCUGAGCCUCACCCGCGCCCACCGGUUACAGCUGCAGAAAACCCAAUAUUUGCAACUGGGACAGAGUCGUGGCCAGUACUAUGGUGGGUCACUGCCAAAUGUGAAUCAGAUUGGAAACAGUGCCAUGGAUCUGCCCUUCCAGCACAACGGAGCUCUGGCAGAAGCCUUUGGAGCAGUUCCUGUCUCUUUGACUCCUUUUCAGUCAUCUGGGUUGGACACAAGCAGGACAACUCGGCAUCACGGGCUGGUGGACAGAGUGUACCGGGACAGAAAUCGCCUCGGAUCCCCACACCGACGCCCUCUCUCUGUGGAUAAGCAUGGAAGACAAGUAGACAGCUGUCCGUAUGGCACUGUGUACCUGUCACCUCCCUCGGAUACAAGCUGGAGAAGGACGAAUUCUGAUUCUGCCUUGCACCAGAGUACUAUGACUCCAGCUCAACAAGAAUCCUUUUCAGGAGGGUCGCAGGACAUGCAGCAGAAAAGAGUUUUAUUGCUGACUGUCCCUGGAAUGGAGGAAACCACCUCUGAGGCAGACAAAACCCUCUCUAAGCAAGGAUGGGACACUAAAAAGACUGGGUCAUCAAGACCUAAAUCAUGUGAAGUUCCAGGAAUCAACAUCUUUCCAUCAGCUGACCAGGAAAACACUACAACGCUGAUUCCUGCUACGCAUAACACGGGUGGCUCCCUUCCAGACCUGACAAACAUCCAUUUCCCUUCCCCUCUCCCCACACCGUUAGAUCCUGAGGAAUCCACAUUCCCAGCCCUGAGUAGCUCCAAUAGUACCGGAAAUCUUGCUGCCAAUCUGACUCACUUGGGCAUCAGCACUGCCAGUCAGGGAAUGACGACGACGCCAGCCCCUUCCCAGCAGCACCGUCAGCCCACCGUCAGCCCUCUCUCGUUGAGCGCAGACUCAAGGCGACCACAGUCACAGCAAAUGUCUCCUACGCUUUCCCCUCUGUCACCAAUUACUCAGGCCGUGGCUAUGGAUGCGUUGUCUCUGGAACAGCAGCUUCCCCCAUAUCCAUUUUUUACCCAGACAACUUCCCAGCAACAGCAGCAGACCCAGGUGGCAAGUACCCUGCCUCAGAAUACUCCUUUGAUGCAGACCUCUGGUUUACAGCGAGGAACACAACUCCCCCCACUCUCCGUCACGGUACCUUCUACCAUCCCACAGUCCCCUCCGGGUAGCCAGACCCAACCAUCGAUGGGAAUAGACAUCAACUCGGCUUCACUCCAGCAGUACCGCAGUAAUGCUGGCUCCCCAGCCAACCAGUCUCCCACCUCUCCUGUCUCCAAUCAAGGCUUCUCUCCUGGCAGCUCCCCUCAACAUUCUUCCAUUCUGGGGAGUGUAUUUGGUGACUCCUAUUAUGAUCAGCAGAUGACAGCUAGGCAGGCUAAUGCCCUAUCCCAUCAGCUCGAACAGUUUAAUAUGAUAGAAAACGCCAUUAGUUCCAACAGCCUGUACAGCCCUUGUUCCACCCUUAACUACUCCCAGGCAGCCAUGAUGGGACUUACCGGCAGUCAUGGCAGCUUGCAGGACUCGCAGCAGCUGAACUACUCCAGCCACGGAAACAUCCCCAACAUCAUCCUUACAGUGACAGGAGAAUCUCCUCCCAGCUUAUCAAAAGAACUGACCAGCUCUUUGGCAGGAGUGGGCGAUGUCAGCUUUGACACGGAUUCCCAGUUCCCUCUGGAUGAACUCAAAAUUGACCCUUUAACCUUGGAUGGACUGCACAUGCUGAAUGACCCAGACAUGGUCCUCACCGACCCCGCCACAGAGGACACGUUCAGGAUGGACCGGCUGUGAAGCGUGGACACCAGGAGCUUGGGAACGGCGCUCGUUCCUGGCGCCCAGCCGAACUAGAGAGUCCCAUGGGUCAGUCGUGUCAGAACAGGGGUUACCGAGAGCGGUAGCUCUGUCCUGUACGACGUGUACAAUGAGUAAAGCUUGUCGUUCUAAGCUUGCAGCGCUGCAGACCCCUACUCCCUGUCGAGCCGUAUUUCACCCCUUACCCACUCGUUGCCAUUAAUGAGUAAGGAGUUUUCCAUCAGCCUUCUCCUCUCCAGAGCCCCCCCUUCCCCCCACCAAAGCUCCAGCGUUCAGUUGUCAAUUUAUCCUUUGCACUAGGAGGGGGUGUUUUCGGGCAGGCGAGGAAGGUCCAGAGCCGAGGGUAAAGAGAUUCUUCCUAACGAACCAAACCGUUGGCUGCUGCUUGGGACGGGGAAAGGAGCCGAGGACUGUCCCCCCCUCUCCCCCCACCGAUUCGAAAGCAAAUCUCUGCGUUGCCACCCUCCGGGAGGGGCUGGGGGAGCUUCUGCGGUUUUGACUCUGCUUCGUGACAGCUGCUUUGUAGAGUAAAACGCUUCUUCCUUUAUCGAUAUGCCAUGUUCGUUUCCAGGUCCGCUCCCCUGACUGUCGUCCUGCACCCACUGCCUCUUCUCGUGCCCUGAGCAAACUCGUGUCCUUGGCAAAGCGGAAAAGCAGCCGGGCAGCCCCACGGCCUCUUGUAGCCGGCUGGUCAAAAAGGCGACUGUAAACACUAUUUUCAAAGCUUUUUUUAACAAAUAUAUAUGUAAUAUAUAUAUUUCUAUAUAUGUAUACAUAUAUAUAGCAUUUCUGAGCACACAAAAAAGUACUAUAAUUCAUUACUUGAUUAGCACGGAGGAAGGAUCAGAACAUUUUAAAGCAGCUAAAAGAAUAUCGGAGACUAACUUGCAGAGUAUAUUCCUAACGUUACUUUGUGAGAGAUUCCUGGGCAACAGGAAGGGCAUUUCUGUAGCAAUGCCUGGCUCAAAUCAUCGUGAUGACUAUUUUUUAUUUUUUAUUCGUAUUCAUUACUUAUUCUGUUACCAUUAUUUAUGAUUUUUUUUUUUAUUUAAGUACUUGGAUAUUAGCAAAGUAGCUAAACUACAUACAGCCAGUUGAAGCACUCUACGUAAUACUUGUACAGUACAUCUUUCUGUGUUUUUAUUCCAGAAAUAUAUUAUAUAUAUUAUAUAUAUAGGUAUUUUUAACUAACUGGAAUUUUAAACAGAUGUUGAGCAGAAGCAAGGAAGCCCAGGGCAAGCCUAGAUGUUUCCCUCUUACAUAGCUGAGACAGGGUGGCAGGAACUUCAGCAUUCCUUCUUUCACCCUGGGGAAAAACCAGCUUGUUCCGCAGUGAAACUGUACUGUAUCCUUGGGCAGGUUGAGAUUCUGUUAAAUUCGUAAUAGACUAUUUCUGCUAGUCCUCGUUAAGAUUCUGUGCUGCGGUAAAACGGAAUGGUGAGAGGCACUGUAUCCAUGGCAGAUUGACAAAGAAAAGAGAAAAAACUCAUGGACUGAGUUGGCGAUUUCACUUCAGUAUCACGGCUGAACGUAGGGUGAUUCCCAGCUCCCUGUACUUGGGACUUUAUCAGAUGUGAAAUACGUGUCUAAGGAUUUAUCGAGAGCCCGGUAGGUGUAGGGAAGUUACCGGGGCGCUGUUUAAAUGCUGGCAGCACUGCGCUGUAACCUGCACGCCAACAGACCCCGUAAGUGCGCUCCCGUCUCACCAGAGUUAGGAAUUAGCAUUGCUUUGAGUGUCAUUAACAAAACAAAAAUGACUUUGUGCAUAACGCCCCGAAUGGGAGGUUAAUGGAUAGCAGAGGAAGUAUUUCCAUGCAGCAGGGGGUGAACACCCACAGCUAUUUUUGUUAAAUACAGCCUCAGUAAAAGAGCUGGGGUUUGGUUUACUUCCAAGACGCGUUGUUUUGUUGUUCCCCGUGCCCAUCCCUGGCAUGGGAGUUCCACAUCUGCUCUCUUUUGACUCAGUCUGCAUCACCUGAAUUUGUGUUUUGUCUAAAGUCGUCUCAGUUCUCUCUCAGCUGUCAUUUUUCUAAGCAAAAAAAAAAUCCCCUCAGCACUUCCACCUGGCCUCCCUGCCCCGUUCCCCUCGAGAAGGAUUUUCUUGCUGUUUUCAGCAAGCGAUGCGGAGGAGCUGGACUGCCCUUAAUGAGUUAUACUAGGUUUCUGUGUGCUUCCAGAAAUCUGUGGGACGCCGUCCUGAGAUUCAUGCAAACACUGCUGAGCAGAAUCGUUGUUGGGAUCUCUCUAAUUCGGGUGCGUGUUUGCUCACGUCUGUGCCAUUAGUUGACCAUUUGCACUAAAAGUAUUUUCCUUUAGAUCUCCUUGCUUACCUGUGUCGUCGUCUUUUGUUCCUUCCCCUGCAACUGAGAGGUUCUCCUGCAUCUUCGUUGAAAACGUUUGUUAGGACUCACCCCCGUAGUACACGCUAACUCCUGAUGUCUGCUUAUUUCAGAUUGCUAAUGCUUUUUCAAUUUAAGAAAAACAAACAAAGAGGUAGCUUCGAACAGAAGGAUACCCAAAAAGAACAAGAGUGUGUGGGCACAGGUGACUCGGAGUCCUUUGCUUUGAAACAGCCGAAAGGUACAGUGCGAGUCGGAUGCGCUUCGUGCGGUUCACGUAGUCUCUUUGACAGUACUGUUAGUUCCUCGAUGGGAUUUGUCUGUAUCGCUCUCUUGUUCCAAUGACUCUCAUGCAUGUAAAUUCUUGUUUGUGAUCUAUUUUUUUAAAACCAGAGUCACUUCAGAAUGAAGCAUCCAAGUAGGAGAUCAGAUUCCGAACUGGAGACUUUUACAGGGAGCUGUUGCUAAAUGCUACCUUCUAAUUUUUUUUAAAAACUACAUGUGUAUAUAAGAGAUCUUGUUUAUUAGACUUGUAAGUAGACAUUUAAAAUGGCCUUAAUUUAAAAAUAACACGUCUGGAUGCAACCGUCAAAAUUAGGGACCAUCUAGCUGAGAGAAAUACAGGUUUUGUUCCUCUCUUGUGGGGCAAACGGAGAAGGGUGCUUGGAGAGUGGGAAGAAGAUGAAGUCAUCGUGGGAAGCAGAUGACGGCCGUGUAUGAAAAUGUGCUUCAUCUCUUGAGCCCCGGUAGCGGGCAGGCAAGCUGCUUUCAUUACUGACCCUUUGAGAACCGGAGCAGUUCUUUCAACAGCUCUUGCAUUUUGCUUCCCAGAAGGCCAGUUUCUUGACAGCGUCGUGUACGAGCUGCGCUUCGGAGGGGUUUUUCUCCCCCUCAAAAGUUACAUUUGUCAGUGUGUAUGCAUGAGGCUGGUUUUAAAGCAAAACCAAUGGGAAUUGGUCAAAACGUAAGCGUGGAGCGGAUCCGCGGUGUUUUGGGAACAAGCGAUAAUAUUUAAAAACCUCUUAGCACAGUUUUCAUUUUCAAUUGCGUGGAAAAGGGCGAGAGCUGUUGGGAGCGGUUGGCCCUCACAGACCAGGGAUGGAUGAGAGCAGAAAGAAAAACCAUCACUUGGCAAAAAGAGAAAAGAAAAAGGAAAAAAAAAAGUAUUAUUUGUCACUUUUUCAGCUAAAUCUUGAAACUGUCUGGUGUCUCAAAGGGUUACUGUCCAAACAUACCUGCUGAAUGAACCCUCCCCCUCCCUACAUGUGUUUUUUUAUAUAUAUAAAUAUAUAUAUUAAAAAGUUCCCAAGCUAGACUGUUGCAUUUGCCAAUACAAUGGGGAAUUAAUAGGAAUAAACUUUCAGUGUAUAAAAUACUGUGACUUUCAAAAGACAAAACAGACUUCUGCUGUUCCUUGCAGCGCAGGUGGGGGGGGGGGGGGGGGGGGCCCAGGCUCUCGUCGUUGUACAUAGCAGUCUGCGUUCCCAUGAAUCUGCACAGGCCGAGUUGAGUCCUUCUCUGUGCUGCAUGUGUGACCGACCGCAGGCAGCACCCAACCCGUCAGCUCACUACUGCUUCUGCAUGUCAGUGAACACUUCGCCAGCGAUCUUUGACUGUGCAAAAUCCUUCCUGUACAGAGAACCGUGGAGUUCUUCCUUUUCGUUUGGUUUUUCUUUUUUAUUAUUAUUUUCUUUCAAAGAGGGGAAAAGGUUUCCAGAAAGAGGCUGCAAAUUAAUCAAGGAGAUUAGUAAUGAUUUGUACGUUUUAUCACCUUUUUGAAAAGUCGAUUGGAUUGAGUUUCUAAAAAAGCGUGCCCGAGAAACCCUGGUGCAAAGCCACGCGCCAGAAACGCUUCCAGCUUUCAGCUGAGAGGAAGCCUCUGAGUGUCUGUAAGAGCAGCGCCUGAUAACGCAGAAUUGUUCAAACACCCUUCAAAAAUUAGGUCUUGGCAGUGUCCGUUUCUAAAAACUUGCAUUUCUGUAGGGAAAAAAAAAUACUUAAGGCUGGAGAUCUGCCCCUUACCGAGCAUGGUACUCGCCUUGGAAACCCCCUCUGUACCGUAAGGAAGAGGAAAGCCCCCUCGUCGUACCCUAGGUUAAGUUGUAUGCUGUGCUUUCAGGAGAAAAGCGUUUAUUCCUCUGACAAAUGGAACCCCCGUCACUGUGAUGGCAAUGUGAAAGCGCAGGUAGCGUUUGUUACACGUGUAUGUUCUUUUUAAAAAACAAAAAAGCGGGAAAAAAAAAACAUUUGUAGUGUUCCUGUUCUUUGUAUUUUUAGUUGCAUAUUAUUUAUACUGCGCAGUGUAGGCAUGGAUUGCAUGUCAGUUUUCUAUGCGGGCACCAUGACGACAUUAUAACUGUGUAUUAUAAAUCAUUUUUACCUUUUUAAACAGAAUCAUUGUGUGGAAUUUCUAUACUGCAAAACAAAACACUACAUUACGUACAAUAUUCAUUUGUGUUAUUUAUUUUCUUUUUGUGGGGGGGAGGGGGGUGGUUUUAACUGUGGUGUAUAUUGCCUUAUGUGGGCUUGACCAAUUUUAUCAAAAUAAAGGCCUAAAGGGGUAAAAUAUGUUUACUGUUUUCUUCAGUAAAUGGACUUGGGGCUGCCAUAGAGGCAACUGCAGGGAAAGUACACGGUAGAGAGCGUAACAAGGAAGCACAGAAACUCUGGAUAGAAAGGAAACGUCGCUGUGUCGUGCUGACCGCAGGUAGUGAGGAGUGCUGCUCUGGGAAGUGGUUCAAGUCUUACUUGUCAUCUUCACGUUGGUAAUUGCCUGAUGAGCACCAAGAGCCUGGUCUAACCCUGUCAGAUGCAUCCGCUGUGAGUCCCCCGCUUCUUUUAGGAACCUAAUAGCGGUCUGCUUUUGGACCAGCGGUGAAACCUCUUCUCGCCUGACCUAACGCUGCAGAAAACGGACAGCGCAGAUGCUUUGCUCUUUGUUUGGUGCCGGUUUUCUGCUUUUUGAAGUACGAAGAGUCUGUGUGAGCACUGGGGGUUUCUGAAGGUCCCGGGUAAUGAGAGCAAGGCAGAGGAAGAGCAAGAACAGGUGCCAGCACCCUCCUUUCAGGUUAGGAUGCAGCGUGUGCAGCGAGGCCCGUGUGUUACGGAGCCAGCAGGAGCCGUCCCUGCGUGCUGCCUCUCGGUGUACGUGGCGCUUCGACUUCCCUCCUGCGCUUUGUUUUUUUUAGAGCAGGUGUAGAGCCUCCCGCCCUUGGCUUUCAAACACGGUGAAUCCGUUUUGCCCUGAUGGGUUUUGUGUCUGCGUCGCGGUGCCAACAGCAUCGUGGUGAUGCUCUUUGCUCUGAGAGCUGGGUUUGGACGACCACAGCGGGAUGGCAGCGUGGGGGGCCCUGCGUUCUCAUGGGCUGUUGUUGUUACUUCUGUAACAUCCUGGGUGAGUUGUUGGGUAACUAGAUUUCUGCCUGAAUUUCAGCCUUCCACGGUUAUUGCUGUUUUCCAGGCAUGGCUGCAGUGAGGAGCUUUCUGGCACAAUGCUCGUGCUGGGGUAAACGCUCAGUAGGGCUGUAGAGGGGCUGCGGCUGCAUUCAGCACAGAGAAAGAGAGAACUGAGCAGCUGCGUUGCGUUAGACAGAAUGCAAGUGCCAGAGUAUUUCUUCGUGUGUUGAGCUGCUGGGCUGUGCUGGCGGCAGGUCUGUUAGUUCCUGAAUUUCAGUGGGGAGAAGCGGGUGGCUCUCGGGUUUGUGUUGUCCAGCCGGGUCCUGGAGAAGAUUUUCCCAUCUCGUGCUCGCUGCGGCCGCGCUCCCCGGCUGUCUGCAGUAACUGUCCGCGCUGUGCCGUCUGCAGCGGGGCGGUUUGCCGUUGUGCGUGUUACAAGGGAAAAGGCAGGUGACCUGCUGGGAAGGAGCCUGGUGCAAGCUAGAGAGCUGGGAGGGUUUACAGAAAAUACCUUGCCUGGUUCACGCAGGCUACUGGAACCAAGUGAUGAACUCUGCAUGGGGGGAAAACUGACAGAAUUGUGAGCGGCGUGCGGAGCUGCGUCUGUGUGUGUCCCACCCUGCAGCUGGGGCUUGCGGAACAAAAACCAGGGCGAAAGUGCUCGGCGGUGACUCCCGGCCCUGGAGCCAGCAGCAGCUGUUAGGAAGCUGUCACUGCGGUGUCUGCGUUUCCCUUAAUGCUGUGCCUGCCACAGGUACUCCUGUCACCGCUGUCACAUACGCGAGACGCCGCUCUCACAGUGACAAUACUUCAGACGUUUUCUUACAGCAUGAUGAUAAGGAUGGAAAUGGAGAUGACAGGUUAGACUGUUUUACUCCUUAAUUUUGCCUGCCUGCAGCCUAUACAAACUUCUGAACUACUCCUUGUUAAAUUUGCAGGUAGUAUUUCCUCUUGGUGGCUGAUGUGUUCAAACAAGACCAAUGAACCUAUCAGCAGAACAGCUAAUCAGAGUGUUUGUGGGAGCUACGUGUGGGGACGUGCUGCUCCAGGGCUGAGUUACAUUUUCUUGCCAUUCUUUCCAGUUUUUAGGAAACUGAUGUGUCAUUGAAGUAGGGCCUAUAUUAAACUAGUUUGUUUUAGAGUGUGGACACGUUGAAUUUAAUUUGUCACUAGUCGCAUGCUCCUUUCAUUGAGCUCAAAACUAAAAAUAACGAUUUGAACAGUAGCUCUGGUUGGGAACAUUAAUUAUCUACUCCAGGUAGCUGCGUUGUAAGCGAACGGUUUUAUCCAUGUGCGAGGGGAGCACUUCAUCUGAGCUGGUGUAAGAAAUCCUCCCCUUUAAUAAACAAGCUUCUCCUGCGCUGCCCGACGGGAGAUUGGGAACAGGCAGCAGAGCCAGGGAUGUUCCUCGGAUGUCCCUGUGCUCACCGGGGAACCUGUUCCUGCCUGGGUGCCUUGGGGCCAGCGGGCGCGAUGGCGUUUCAGCUGCUAGGCACCGAUUCCCCUUGAGCAGGCUGAUGUCAAGAGGCUGGAUUUUUUUCCUUAAAACCCUUUUUUGACCAAGUUGUCUCCUUUGCUUUGAGCUAAUGGUCGGGAAUGAGCAGUGUCGAGCCUUUGCUCUUGGUUAGUGUGACCGCAGCUGAAGGAGGUUGGCUGGGAUGAGAGGCUGGAGUCUGGGCAACCUUGUGUGCAUCGGCGCUUUGGCAGUCAGGGCACCGGAGACUUUGCUUUGUAUUUUGCUUCUUCGUUGUGCUUUUUAAGCUUGUCCAGGUGCUGUCUGUUUAGGAGAACUUUGUGUACACGUGUCCGUGCCUGCCUACUCACCUAGAAAAAGCGGAUUUACAACCAGCAGUACUUGUGUGUCCCUUUGGUGGCUUUCCUGUCUUGCAGCAUAAACCUGAACUCAAAGUGUGCUUUGCUUUCAGUUUUAGAAGUGGAGGCUUUGUAGUCAGACGACCUGAGCUAGGGGUGGACUCAUUUGCUGGAAACUGUGGCAGAAAGCUCCGAGGGAGGGCACCAAACCUGGGUGAACGUGAGGAGCAGGAGAGGAGGUAGCGGUGACGUUUGUCUGAAGAACUUAACCUGGGGUCUCCGUGGAGCUGGCUCGGUAAGGUUUGUGUCUGCCAAAGUGCUCCCUAGGCAUACCCCGGUUUUGAGUUAGCAGGCAUGUUUGUGUUAGCGUGGCUUUUGUUGCUCUUAAAAUAGUUGUUGUUUAGUAUCUGUUAGAUCAAGUUUUUGUUUUAUAGCAUGUAGUUGGUACAUUUCUCAUUUUUAUGUGGCACAUGAGUCGGAUGAAGUGGACCUUGCUGUGUUAGAGACCCGUGGGUGUUUAACAUGCUGGCAGAUGAGUGAAAUGACAACUGCUUUCUUACAGUAUUUUACUCUUCUACUAAAUGUUUUCAAAGCCCUCGGAGGCUUGGGGUGGGUGGGAGGGCAGUUAAACAACAUGAAUCUUAUCUAGAUUUCAUUUCCUGGUCUACCUUAGAAUAUCCGUCAAUAAGGUAGGACAAACAGACCUCAGAUUGCGACAGACAGCUCUCAGCAUGUGAAUCACGAGACUGCCGAAGUGGUCACAAAUUCUCCCUCCCUGCUCUUGUCCCUGGAAAAUUUGCUCUUCGAGCAGGAGCUCCAUUUGAGCCUUACAGUAAGAUGCUUAACAAAGGCGGCAUCACCCAGCUCUCAGACGUGUACGAAAAUGUGACAAAACCCAAAUAAUCGGUGCUUCUGCUGGAGAAAUGCAAGUCUCAGAGAUUGUACAGAGAGGGUGAGACUGCUUGUCCUACACCGAGUCCAUUCAGGCUCAUUUUUGUGAUUUGCACGGGGCCAAACGUUCUCAGGACUUGACACUUCUGCCAGAGCAGAACUGCUCGCUGCAUGACGGUUUCCACUUGUAUUUUAAAUGUCUAAAAGAUUCUGUUUGCUGCUUCCUUUGGGAGGUGAUUCGGUGCGGUGCGAGGAAAGGAAGGGAGGGGAUUGAUCUGUAUCAUGUUGCUGUGAGGUUCCAAGUCUAUAAAACGCUCUCUAGUGGAACUGCUGUGUGACAGCACGUACAUCAAAUAGAAAUUUCUCUAUAAGCUCUGGUUCAUGCAGUUUUUCGGUAUUGAGUAUAAUUACAACCGCAUGCAGAUAAAAGCUUUUAUAUCCAUCGAAGGGCACCCUUUUCUGCAAGUAAGCUGGGAGGUUUUUUAAUUGCGGUUGAGAUUUCUAAGUAGGAAUACGCAGAGUUACAGGAAAAUGCGCAUUCUGCCCCUGAGAAUGUUGUUAUUCGUUACCACAUGCAAACUUUGCUAAAUCUUUAAAGAUUAGUCUGAGACCUGUGCAGAUUCAUCCACCCUUCAGCUCUUCCCGUAAAUGUGCAAUAGGAGUUCUUCCCUCAAUGAGCUUAAAUUGUCCUAAUUGACUAAUGGUGAAGGGAAGCCUUGGAUAAGGCUUCAGCUCGUGGUAAGAGGUUUCUGUUUGUAAUGAAUCUUGACUAAAUCUGUGAAAGUAGGGCAGGGUUUUCAGAUGCGAAGUCAGUCUGAGCUAGUCUCAUUUAAAGAGCAAAGUACAAAGGGAUACACUGGCAAAGUGCUGUUGGCUCUCAUUAGGGACAUCUGCUUUCAGAACGCUGCAUCUUACUCUGCCUUUUGAACUGCUGUAUCUGUACAGUGAAAUGUAAAGUUCAUUUGUACAUGUCCUAUGGAUUAUUCAAUCCGAUUUUUUUAUACUGUGGUUUAGAAAAAAAAGGGAUGAAAGGUCUCCAUUUGUAAAUCAAAUUUAGGAGCUGGUUUCUGCAACUGUAGUAGUGGAGUGUCAGUAUUUCCUUCAGAAAUUUCACAGGCUUAAACUUGCUCAUAGAAACUGAGUUGAAUUAUACAAAGGGCAAUUUUUUAAUUCAACAAAAUCUGCUCUGGCUAUUUGUCAAGAAAGAAAAGCAAGCAGUUAUCCAAUAUCCUUGCUUAUGCGUAAUAUUACAAGCCUCCAUUUGAAAGGAAAAGAUUAAGCUUGGCUCAAUUUUGGAAUUUCUAAGGCGUUAAAUAUAGAGAAGAUAAAUAGGUAAAACUUCUGUUCUUGCAGAGUAGAUGAUGAACAUAAAAAGUUACGUGAUAAUAUUUAUGGGGCAAAAUGUUGGGGGGGAUAGGGCUCGCUUAAACAAAACUUCCUGUACUUACUGGAUCCUGAAUAUUCAUGGCAUGAGCAUCUACCCAGGAGAUAACUGUGUAUAAAUAUACUGUAUACACAUCCACCGAUCUUUGGUCAGCAUUAUACAGCAUAGUAAUUAAAAUAUUGUAUUUCAGUCAGCUAUUAGCUAAUAAGACAGUAGAUAUUGAGGUUUUAUUUGGGGAGGAAUUAGAACUUUUAGGUACCUUUACUUGUUACCUUAACAGAGCCCCCAUCUGUGGAAGGAUUCCUUAUAGAAGAAGUGGAAGUAAAAUGUAUUAGUACUUACGAAGGGAAAGUUUGAUUUUAAUAAACUUAAAUACAGCUGCUUUUGGCAGCUUCUCUCACAGACUGGCAGCUAAAAACAACUUUAUGUAGUUUGUUGAGCUUGGGGAAAAAUGUCAGAUUUAUGCAUUUUCAGAGACAGUAUAAUAUACUGUUCUUUACAAGUUAACUUUUUCUAUUAAAAUAAUUUGUGGAUUAUUUCACUGAUAUAUGCAAUCCUAUAUUCAGCUACAGUGUUGGUGGCACAGAACUCUGGAAAAAUUGUCCCUGCGACAUAAAAGUUUUAUUUAUUGUGUUUUUCUAUAGGUAAAGUGGAAAACUGAAGUUGGCUUUAAGUGUUUGCAAUCUGAGAAAUGAUGUGAAAAAGCAGCUCAACUAAAUGUACAUUCUUUUCAAUCUUUUCUUUUUUGUGUGAAGGCUUUUGUCUUUGUAUCUUUGCAUUAUUUGUAAAUGAAAUGUAAUAAAAGUUCAAAUGUUUUUGUCUCUG